GAAGUGGAAGAAGAGGUUUCAAGAUGGGAAGGCUACGCCGAUUGGAGAAACAAAGCCGCCGUGAAAGGCCGUCACGGUGGCAUGCUCGCCGCUUCUUUUGUCCUAGUGGUGGAGAUAUUAGAGAAUCUAGCGUAUCUGGCGAAUGCAAGUAACCUCGUGUUGUACCUAAGAGAGUACAUGCACUUGUCUCCAUCCAAAUCGGCCAAUGACGUCACCAAUUUCAUGGGCACAGCUUUUCUCCUAGCUCUUCUUGGCGGUUUCCUCUCCGACGCUUUCUUCUCCACUUUCGUCAUCUUCCUCAUCUCAGCCUCCAUUGAGUUUCUGUUGUAUCUUUCGCUUAAGUUCUAA